GGCAAAGUAUACUCUCGUAAGAACUCCUUUGUUAGGUUUCUGCAUACCCUCCACUGCUUCUUUCUCUCUUCGUUCUCCAUUUCCACGCACAGAGAGAGAGAGAGAGAUGAAGGCCAGUGCUGGAGUUGAAGGUGCCAAGAUCGAGAGGAGGACUGUGGAGAGGAACAGGAGAAUCUGCAUGAAGAAUCUCUGCUUCAAGCUGACCUCCCUCAUCCCCAGAGACACAACCAUGUCCAAGGCUUUCUACUAUGAUGAAGGCCUAAUCUGUUGCUUGUUUCUAACGCAACAGCGUGCCAUGAGAGACCAAGAUCAGUUGGACCAAGCUUUCAACUACAUUAAAGAGCUGCAAGGGAGAGUAGAGAAGCUGAAACAGAAGAAGGAAAUGAGGAGAAUGACGGCAGACUUACACUUCCUCCUGGUUGAAGUGAGAAGCAUGGAUUCUACCCUACUGGUGUCUUUCGUUUCCGGGUCGAGAUCAAGUUACAUGUUUGGCAAGGUUAUCGGGGUCCUCGAGGAAGAAGGUGCUGAAGUCAUCAGUGCCAGUUUCAAUCUUGUGGGUGGCAGGAUCUUCCACACCAUUCACUGUCAAGCUUUUUGUUCAAGAAUUGGUUUGGAGCCAUCAAGUGUAAAUGAGAAAUUGAAGAAGUUGGCUUGUUGAGGAUGCAACCUGCAAGAUUACUUCAAAACAUGGAAUCUUUACAAAGUGUCACAAUAGUUUCAUGUGACUGAACUGUUAUUAGGCAAAUCAAACUUUGAAUCAGGAUUCUUCUUAGAAGCUAAAAUAUAAUUGAUGUCAUGGAAUGGACACUGUGUUUGUUCUUAUCCAGUUGGUAAUAGCCCUAUGUGAGGCUAAGUUUGAUGCUUAUGCUAAAGUCCCUUAAUUAUGUAUGUGUAAAAGUGUGCACAUUGUAAUAAGAUUG